AUGGCUUCCGGUGCCGGCGGUCGCGCCCCUCCUGGACCGCCUGGAGGUGGUCCUAGCACUGGUGUACCCGCAAGCGCUCCUGGCUUCCCGAUGCCGCCCCCUAACAUGAUGCCCAACUUCCCGCCCCCUCUUCCUCCAGGAUGGAGCGAGCAUCUCGUCCUGGUUGUCCCCGCAGCGCCGAUUCCUCCUCCGGCCGCCCCUGCUGCUCCUCCAACAGAGAAGAAGCGCAAGAAGGAGAAGGCCAAGGUCAAGACGCCCAUUCCUGGUACAAGCUGGACGCGCGUUACCACAAAUGAGGGCCAUACGUUCUAUUUUGAGAAAGAGACGAAGCGCUCCGAAUGGACCGUUCCGCCUGAGAUCGCCGAGGCUGUCGCCGCCUUCGACGAGGCUGAGCGUCGGGAGAAGGAGGAGAAGGAAAAGGCUGAGCGCUUAGAGAGGAUACGCGAGCAGGAGCGCAUCCGUGCAGAGGUCGCAGAGGAGCGGAAACGCAAGGCCGAGGAGAAGAAGCGCAAGGCAGCCGACCAGGGUGAGGGCGCACCGGAGCCUAAGGCGCAGAAGCAGGACAAGGAGAAGGACGACGAAGUUGAGGAGCAGUACGCACCUGAGGGAGAGGACGAGGAGGCGUGGAUGAAGGCUGUCGCUGCCGAGUUCGCCGAGGCGGACAAGAAGGCGGCUGCUGACGCCGAAGAUGCUGAGGCUGCUCAGAAGAAGGCUGAGGAAGAGGCCGCCAAGAAAGUCUUCGCAGCCAAGUCUGAAGUGAAGGUAUCCCUGGAGGAAGGUCGCGCUCUUUUCAAGGAAAUCUCACCCUUCGCUCCCUGGGAUGUCUCCCUGCCGUUGUUUGUCAACGACCCACGUUACGUGCUCCUUCCCUCUGAGAAGGAGCGAAGAGAGGCGUAUGAGGACUACUGUCGCGAUGCUGGACGAGCUCGGAGACUCAACAAGCCGAAGCCCGCUGUCGAGAAGAAGGCCGACCCGGAGCGAGAGUACCGUGCCCUGCUCCGAGAGCAGGUGACCUCGACGCGCACGCGAUGGGACGACUUCCGCCGCAGGUACCGCAAGGAGAAGGCGUUCUACUCGUAUGGCCGCGAUGACCGAGAACGCGAGAAGCUCUUCAAGACGCAUUUACGCGAGCUUGGGGAGCGGAAGCGGGCCGAUGCCCAACGCGCUGAGGCGGACUUCAUGGAGCUGCUGAAGGAGAGCGACGACAUCAAGCCCGGCGCUCCCUGGUCGCAGGCCAAGCAGGGUAUCAAGAACGAUCCCCGCUACGACGCUGUCGGCUCGAGUUCGCUGCGUGAAGAGCUCUUCAACAAGUACAUUAAGACGCUGGGAGAAACUGAACCAGAGUCAACCGAAACGGCGGCAGAGCGUAAGAUUCGCGAGCGCAAGGAGAGGCAGCAGGCGAGCUUGCGCGAGCGCGAGCAGUCCGUGCGGGAACAACAGGCGAAGAUGUCUGAGGAGGUCGACAAGUCUCGCAAGGAUGCCGGUCGUGAGGAAGGCGAGCGCAUGUUCAGCUCGUUGCUGACUGACGCCAUCCGCGACGCCAUGACGUGGGAGGAGGCCAAAGCCAUCCUGCAGCAGGACCGGCGAUUCGCUCACCCUGCGCUCCGCAUGGGCGACAAGCAGCGCCUGUUCGAAGGCCAUGUUGCCCGCCUCGGCGGUAAGCGUGACAAUGCCCUGCACGCCCUGUUCGCCCAACACGCUCAGCUUGACACACCCUUCGACACCGUCUACCCGCUCGUCAUCGAAGACCCGGUCGUCACGAGGCUCGGCCUCGACGCUCGCGCCCUCGAGGAGCGGUACGACCAAUGGAUCCAGUCGCGUGAGGAGAAAGCGCGGGCCGAAUUCAUCGAGCUCCUUGGCGAGAACAGCUUUGUCGACUUCUGGGGUCGCAUGCGCAAUAAGGAGAUCGACGCGGACGCCUCCAAGAUCAAGGACGAGGAGAUGGCGGAUGACGAGGAGGGCAAGGACAAGAACAUGGUCGAUCUCGCGCAGAAGAUUGACCUCGGCGAGAUCAAGUCAAUCCUCAGGCGAGACAGGAGGUACCGACAGUUCGACCACAUGCCCGAGGAGCGCGAGCAGUGGCUCAGGGAUUACCUUGAGAAUCUGGAGGGUAGCAAGGGAAGCGAGACUGUGCACAAUGUCAGACAGUAG